CCUGAGUUCGCCUUACCGUCUGCGGGAGGCAGGGGGGCGCGAUGGCUCCCCUCAGGAGAGGUGACUUGAGCCUAGAGGAGAAGGACUUGCUGGGAGUGAUCGCCACAGGAAACACCGAGGAGGCUGGAAGGCUACUGGGCAGCAAGAAUGUCCGUGUCAAUUGCUUGGAUGAGCAUGGCAUGACCCCUCUAAUGCAUGCAGCGUACAAAGGGAAAGUAGACAUGUGCAGGUUGCUCUUGCGACAUGGAGCUGAUGUUAACUGCAAUGAACAUGAGCAUGGAUAUACUGCCUUGAUGUUUGCUGGACUUUCAGGAAACAAAGAAAUCACCUGGAUGAUGUUAGAGGCUGGAGCAGAGACUGAUGUUGUUAACUCUGUGGGAAGGACAGCAGCUCAGAUGGCCGCUUUUGUGGGUCAACAUGACUGUGUGACCGUCAUCAACAACUUCUUUCCACGUGAAAGGCUGGACUACUAUACUAAACCACAAGGCUUAGAUAAAGAACCAAAACUGCCAGUAAAAUUAGCUGGGCCUCUACAUAAAAUUAUUACUACUACUAACAUGCAUCCUGUUAAGAUUGUGUUGCUGGUAAAAGAGAACCCUCUAUUGGCCGAAGUAGAAGCACUGCAGAAAUGUUAUAGGGUUCUGGAUCUAAUUUGUGAGAAAUGUAUGAAGCAGAAAGAUAUGAAUGAAGUACUUGCUAUGAAAAUGCACUACAUCAGUUGCAUCUUCCAGAAAUGUAUUACAUUUUUAAAAGAGCGAGAGGAUAAACUAGAUGGAUUUAUCAAAAGUCUCUUGAAAGGGAGAGAUAAAGAUGGUUUCCCUGUAUAUCAAGAGAAGCUAAUUCGAGAAAGUAUCCGAAAGUUUCCUUACUGUGAAGCUACGUUGCUCCAGCAGCUCGUGAGAAGUAUUGCUCCUGUUGAAAUAGGUUCUGAUCCUACAGCUUUUUCUGUACUUACACAAGCUAUUACUGGCCAAGUGGGUUUUGUGGAUGCUGAAUUCUGUACAACUUGUGGGGGAAAGGGAGCAGACAAAAGAUGUUCAGUAUGUAAAAUGGUGAUGUACUGCGACCAGAACUGCCAGAAAAUACACUGGUUUACCCACAAAAAAGUCUGCAAGACCUUGAAGGAAAUUCAUGAGAAACAAGAACAAGAAGCUGCCAAAGAAAAAAGGAAACAAGAAAAAAAGCAAAAGAAAGAUGAAGUGCAACUAGUAGAGGAUACUUCUACAAGUGAAGAACAGUCAGAUCCUGGUCCAGAUGCUACCAAAGAAGUGGAUCUGAAUCAUGCUACUGACCGAACGGAAGAACCUGAAUUUACCAAAGAGACGGAGGCACUAGGCCUGCACCCUGAAAGUCCACUGGAAAGUGAGACUGGCUUAGCUGACAUUGCUCUUCAAAAAAUUCAAGAUUCUGAGGAGUAAGAAGAGGGUAGGAAGGGACCAAGAGUUCUGGCUAUGUCCCUGUACCUCAAGGGUCCUAAAGAAUUUUUUAUGCUGACCAUGUCUGAGUUCUUACAGCAUGGCUUAUGCAAGACUCCCUUUGAAAGACAGCAUGUCUCUGUUCAUCGUGAGAUGAAAUACUGGCUAAUUUGUCUAUAAAUACUUCAGGUUCUGUUGUAGAUUGUCAAAAUAGGUAUUUACUAUCUGAUAAAAACUAGAGUGGCACGGACAUCCAUCUGUAUGUAUACCAACAGUAAGCAUAGUAAAAAUCUAUGAGUAUCUGUGGUUAAUCAGCCACUUAGUGAAAAAUAAAAAGCAUUUGAUUUGGAUUAUUCAAGUUUUCAGAACCUAAAAUUUAUUUUAAUUGUAAUUUAAAUAUUUUUUUCUGCAAGUACACAGAACUGUAGUUAAAAGCAUUGGGAAGCCAACUGUUAAAUUGCUUUUUUACACCGCUUUAUGAAGCUUUAUCUGAAGGAAAUCAGUAGCAGUUAAGUUUCUGAAGAUACUCAUCUGAAUUCUCAACUUUUCAUGGCAUUACUGUAAAUAUUUUUGACUAGUGAGUGCACAACAAUAUGUCUAUUUUGUGGCAAUUUUAUUAAAUGAUACUGCUGUUUCAGAUAUCUCAACCUGACUGUGAAAUGUGUGUUUCAACAGAAUUAUUUCACUAUUGGUUUAGUCAAAAAUAUUCCAAGUUUAUCAAAGUCUAAUGAAGGGAAGACCAGAAUGACUGAAAAUAUUUUGACUGACAAGAAUAAUGCUUUCUGCAUCUCAGCUUUCAGGUAAAGAUGCCGUAGAGCACACUGGGAUGUUGCUUAUGAAUUAUUUCACAAACGUAAAAAGUGCUUAAUAUUGUUCAUGCUGAACCUGGUCACAGUGAAUUAGAUGGGAAAAUUCAUGUGUGUGUUGAUACAACUGGGAUUUCACUUAGGCUUUCAAGUAAAUACCAUAUCUAGAAAAUAGCUUCCCUUAACUAUGCUGUUUUCACUCAAGUUGACUACUGUGUCUCAUGAAAUCAAUGGGAAUGCCACAACCGAAAAUACCGCUUGCUGCGUAAGGAUGGCAAAAAUUGAGAUUCUCUAAUUGUUGGACGAAUAACUGGUGUUUUGAACAUGGCAAUAUCCUUCAACUUAGAGGAAUAAGAACCAUCCUCAAAACAGAGGAAAAACGGUAUUAAUUUUUUACUAUUUAAUAUAUUGAAAGUUUUUGUUUAAUAUUCUGAAAACUGUAAGAGUGAGGAUACAUAAAUGCACCUGUGCAGGGAAUGUACCUGUGUUUUUAUUUCAAGGAUUAGUAAAUUGUGAAGAAUAAAGGGAAGUUUUUUAAAAGAAGGGAGCUGCGUGGCAAUUCUCUUUACUGCAUCUGUAACACCUGUUGGGACAGACGGUGACAUUCUCAUUUGACGUGCGUGGGCCUGCUGUAGCUCGGGUGUACAAGUUUAAUUUCAUGACAGUUGGCAAGCAAGAGAUGCAUGCCUGGAGCUUACAUAUGGAGUCAUGAUGUAGUCACUGUCCACUCUUGGAUCUGGGAAUGCCAAAGUG